AUGACUUUUGGGGGCAAAACCGUUGUUCUUGGUGGGGACUUUAGACAAAUACUUCCUGUAAUUCCAAAAGGGACAAGGCAAGAUAUUGUUGGAGCAACAAUUAACUCUUCUUAUUUGUGGAAGAAUUGUAGAGUGAUGAGGUUAACAAAAAAUCUUCGUUUGCAAAACCUGCAAGAAGAUUCUGAUUUACAUGAAAUAGAAGAAUUCUCCAAGUGGAUAGCAGAUAUUGGUGACGGUGUUUUAGGGGAAGCAAAUGAUGUGGAUUGUGAUAUAACUAUACCUAGCCAUAAUCUCUUACACUGUGGGGAUGAUCCGAUUGCGACAAUAGUGGAUAGUACAUUCCCUUUGUUCCGUAAUGGAAAUUACGAUCACACAAUUCUUCAGAACCGAGCAAUACUUGCCCCUACUUUGGAUGUGGUUGACACCAUCAAUCAGUAUAUGAAUGAUAUGAAUGAAGCUGAAGGUAAAACAUAUCUGAGUUGCGAUUCAGUGUGCAAGUCAGAUUCAAAUGUUGAUAUGUUCUCAAACAUGCAUACACCUGAAUUUCUGAAUAGCAUCAAAUCAUCGGGUAUUCCAAAUCAUUGCCUAACACUAAAGGUAGGCUCUCCAGUGAUGNUGAUAGUUACUAAAUUGGCUGAUCGUGUGAUAGAAGCUAAGAUUUUGUGUGGAGCAAAUGUAGGGACCAAAGUUUUAGUUCCACGUAUGUCAUUGACUCCUUCAGAUCCAAGAAUACCAUUCAAAUUUCAAAGGAAACAAUUUCCUUUGAUGCUUUCUUUCAAGAGUAAGUAG